UUUAGUUUGGCUGCAACGUUCGAUACAUUCGGUCGCGUUGUUUCUCCUACUAAGUGAUUUCUCGCGUGGAAUCAGUUCAUUAAUGAGGAUGAUGCCGUGUUUCGGCUGGAACAAUCGCUCGUCCGAAGCAAUGAAAAUCAGUUCAACAAAGGGAGAGGCUGACAACGUGAUGGCGAGCUUCAAUUGUUGUUGUAACUUCCCUAGUUGCCACGAGUGUCGCGACAGUCUGUCCAAGCAGCCAUUACGAGGGCAGGAUGACGCGGUCCAAACUCGCACCAGAUGGAGAGGAAGCCAGAGAUACAGUUUUACGAACUUUCAUAAAGGGGCACUGCUUCUGACUGGCUUCGGAGCAGCAUUUCUGCUCGCUUCGUACGCAAUUUUUGCUCUCAGGCCUAUUGACUCUAUCGUUACAUCUCAAAUGAGCCUCUCGGAAGGGUCCACCCUCUACCACUUGUGGCUGAAGCCUCCAGUCAACGUGUACAUCAAAGUAUAUGUGUUCAACGUCACCAAUCCUGAAGAGUUUCUUAGCGGGAGAGAGAAAAUUCGAGUACAAGAAGUCGGACCUUAUAUUUAUAGAGAGAUCCUGGAGAACACGAACGUGACCUUUAACCCUAACAACACAAUUACGUAUAUCCCGAAGCGCAAGGUCGUAGCCGAGCCCGAGAUGUCUCCUAGGGACCCGGAUGCAGAUAGGAUUAUUGUACCUAACGUCGCAUUGCUGGGCAUGGCGUCAAUGCUCCACAAGUCGCCAGCCUUGCUAAACGUCGGGCUAGCGACAUUGGCGAGGUACUUGGACUCACAGCCACUACUCAACCUCACGGCCCACGAGUACCUGUGGGGAUACGAUGACCCUCUGGUGCGCCUCGCUAGUACAAUUCUGCCCAAUUGGAUCCCCUUCUCGAAGCUUGGGCUCAUGGACAGGAUGUUCGACGAAGGGGAGAACGUGGUGACCGCUGCUCUCAGUGGCGCUCAGGACGACGAGACUGAGGUAACGGAGAGGCGACGGAGUGUGUACUCAUUUGAUAGCUACAACGGGCUAACAACCCUGAGGCAGUGGACGGGAGGGACAGGCUGCAGUUCACUCAAGGGUGUCAGAGAGGGAGUACUCUACCCAAGGCGCCUGAAUCCGAACGAUACGUUCCUGAUCUACCGGAAGGCGUUCUGCAGGGUUCUUCCCAUGGUUUUCUCAAGGAGUGUUGCCACUGACCAGGGAUUCCCUGCCUACUGGUUCCGUCUGCCUGACAACGUUUUCGAUUCACCGGACAGAAACCCAGAAAACGCGUGCUAUUGUCGACCGGAUGUGGCACCGUGUCUGUUGUCCGGUUUGGCGGACAUAACUCCAUGCUACUAUAGCAUUCCCGUUGCAUUAUCAUUCCCGCAUUUCUAUAAGGGGGAUCCCCGACUACUCGACAAGAUGGAGGGUCUGUCUCCGGACCCGAGCAAGCACGAGUCAACCUUCAUCAUUCAGCCGGACCUAGGUCUACCCAUAACAGUCCGGACCCGAAUGCAGCUGAACCUCGCCGUACAUAAUACACGUGUCAACCCCAGGGUGGCCCUGUUCAACAACCACACUCUACCCAUCUUUUGGCUGGACUGGGUUAGUAAAAUGUGGGUGGUUGUUAAGGUCUCUAGUCGAAAUCUGUCGUCUUGGCAAAGUAUUUACGAGUUAGACAGCAUUUACAUAAAUCUAUUUCAGCUCUUCACGUAUUUGUACUUUUUCUUAAAACGAAAUUACGUCACCACCAUAAAAUAAGAUUCCCAUUUGCGAUUUAAAUUUAAUUUAUUUCAUGUUUCG